AUGGUUAACUCCUGUUCUGGCUCUGUCUGCUCUGAUCAGGGUGGUGACCAAGGCCUCUGCCAGGAGACCUGCUGCCAACCCAGCUGCUGCCAGACCACCUGCUGCAGCCCCAGUUGCUGUGUGUCCAGCUGCUGCAGGCCCCAGUGUUGCCAGACCACCUGCUGCAGGACCACCUGUUGCCGCCCCAGUUGCUGUGGUUCCAGCUGCUGCCGCCCCAGUUGCUGUGGUUCUAGCUGCUGCAGGCCCAGUUGCUGUGGGUCCAGCUGCUGCAGGCCCCAGUGUUGCCAGACCACCUGCUGCAGGACCACCUGUUGCCGCCCCAGUUGCUGUGGUUCCAGCUGCUGCCGCCCCAGUUGCUGUGGUUCUAGCUGCUGCAGGCCCAGUUGCUGUGGGUCCAGCUGCUGCAGGCCCCAGUGUUGCCAGACCACCUGCUGCAGGACCACUUGCUGCCGCCCCAGCUGCUGUGGAUCUUCUUGUUGA